AAAAGAAAUGAUAGCCCAGCAACGAGAGUAUAAAAAGAAGAAAGCUUUGAAAAAAGCUCAGAGAAUUAAAGAACUUGAACAGGAACGAGAGGACCAGAAGGUCAAGUGGCAACAAUUCAACAACAGAGCCUAUUCUAAAAACAAAAAAGGCCAGGUGAAGAGGAGUAUUUUUGCUUCCCCUGAGAGCGUAACUGGCAAAGUUGGAGUUGGAACGUGUGGAAUUGCAGACAAACCCAUGACACAGUAUCAAGAUACCUCUAAAUACAAUGUCAGGCAUUUGAUGCCUCAGUAACAGGGGGGAAAUGGUGAAACUUCAUCUCUGCAGGGCUUUACACUUAUCUUUUUAUCAUUAUAUUUUUCUAAAAGUAAAUUAUUUGUUGGCACAUAGUGAGUAGUCCAUUUUGUCACCAUCACUUUGGCUUCAGCUGAUAAGAGCCUUAAAUCUCCAGGUAUUGAUUUGACUCCCCUAAUUGUUAAACUUUUUGUAGCUGCAUUAAAAUAUUUUCCACAGGUAAAUGCUUUCAUUAACUGCUGUUACCUGUUACUCUGAAAGCAGUAGUUACCUGAAACUUCAAUCUCCAGCAUCUUCCACUCAUACUGGUAGUGAAGUUUUCUUUUUUUCAGUUUCUUU